AUGAAGAAACAAGUUCAUGGUGAUCGCUCUACUCAACCUCCUUGGUGUGGCAAGUGUAACAAGAAGCAUUAUGGAGAUCGUAAGACAACCUCAGUGAAAUGCUACAAGUGUCAAGAGUUCGGUCAUUUUAGGAAGGAUUGUCCUGUGCGAGAUGCUCCCGAAAAGACUCUAGGUCGUGUUUACACCUUGGACGCUAGGAAGGCCCAAGGAAACACUAAUCUUGUUGCUGGUACGUGUUAUGUUAAUGAUCAGCCCUUGUUUGUGCUAGUUGAUUGUGGAGCAACACAUUCUUUUAUUUUUUAUCCUUGUGUGUGGAGGCUUAGUUUUGAGACGAGUCUUCUUCCUAAUCCUAUGAUUAUCUCAUCGGCUACGGACGAUGUAGUAGAAGCUCGGGAAAUUUGUAGGGAGUGUUCUGUUAACUUCAAUGGUCGUAGAUUCUUGAUUGACCUUAUUUGUCUACCGCUUAAGAAGAUCGAUGUAGUGCUGGGAAUGGACUGGUUGUCAGCUAACUCGGUGUACAUCGGUUGUAAAGAGAAGGCUAUCUUCAUUCCUGCUGAGGAGACUACACCAACCGAUGCCAUUGAACAUCUUCUUGAAGGUACAAUCAACAUGAUCAAUUACCUUUUUGCUCGAGAGAAGUCUUUCCUUUUGGUUCUUACGUCGGACUCCAAAGACAAGGAGACUGUAUUGGAGAUUUCGGUUGUUUGUGAAUUUUCUGAUGUAUUUCGUAAGGAUGUUACUUCUCUUCCGCCGAAAAGGGAAGUUGAAUUCUCUAUUGAUCUUGUUCCGGGUAUCGCUCCAGUUUCGAUUGCCCCUUAUCGGAUGUCUCCUGCGGAGUUAAGGGAGUUGAAGAGUUAG